GUUUGCCUUUUCUGACGCCGAGAUCAAAAAUGCACUGGCUGAGUCCGAGGCGCACGUCGGGGCUAAGUCGGUCACUAUUUGCAUGUCGCUGAAUCCUCGAUUGUGGUGACUGGGCACGUCUGUCGUGUCUCCCAAAGCCUCUUUCAGGUAGCACUUUUUUUACGAUCAAACCUGGGCGGCAGGGAAGUUUUUCUGAUCCAGAUGCUUUGAGACGGGGCUUUUGCAACAAACCAGGCCCCCUGAUCUCGGCCGUGGACGCAUUCGUCAACCUUCCGCCCAGAAGCAAGCAUCCAAGGAUACUUCCCACGAUUUCGCAAUUCACGCUUCGAGAGUUGAGUCCAGAUUAUUGUAUCAUCGGGGAGCCACCGGCGACAAUUAAAAAAAAAAAAACAAGAAGAAAAAAGCAUCAUGAUGUUCCGGAGCGCCAACAAAGUUGCACCCACCGGGCGAGAUUCUGGACGGGUGCCAGUUGGAUCCACACAAGAAACCAGUGCCCGCGGGACAAGGUGAUUCUCUAUUUCCGUUUCUGCUGCAGCACCCAUGACCACCUCUGCGUAGCGACGACUCGCAACCAAUCACUGUUUCCUUCCUUUUCAUCUUCCAACCCGACAUCACGAGGAGGGCGACGCGGGCAAUCAUUUCCGGUUCGAAGCAUGUCCCUCACUAUCCUUCACUCACUCACAAGCUCACAAGGCUGUCCGGACCGUAAUUGCGCCUCGCCCAGAUGCCUUGGACCAGCGUGCCGUCGGCUUACAACCCCACUUAGCAUCACCUCCGGUCUUUUCUAUCACGUGACACAUAAUCCCCUCCGAGCCCAAGCUUGGCCGUUGGGCAAGAAGGAGAGCUUACCAAGGUGCACAAGAAGCAGGUAGAAUUGCUGCAGCAUCUCAUGACGCAUCCGUGUGACACUAGCACGCGCUGCAAGGCGACGCUGGGAAAGCGUUUCGCUCUUCUCUCGCCUGCCUCCCACCGUCAUUUCGCCUCGUCUUUGCUGUUCCAGACAGGCAGACAGGCCUAGAGUGCCUCAGAGAGCUGUCACGCUGUCUCACCGAAUACCCACCGCAACGUUUGCUGACUAGUCUGUCGUUGCGACGUUGCCUUGAUACUUGCCUCGGAACCCAAGACCUGUGUGCGGGUGCCUUAGCAUUCUGUUGUGAUGGACCUAGUAUUGGGGCGGUGUCGUCCCUUGCUUUGGCCCCCAAAGCUGCGGCCUGAUUGCCAGCGUGAUAUGCGAUGAUCGUCGACUUCUGCUUUCAAGACGAAUAUCGCUCUGAAUCUCCUGACUAAGCGAUACGUUCUUUGGUUUCUUGACUGGAGCCGCCGUGCCACUGAUUGGCGACAAUGCGUCGAGUGGGCCGCCCCAGAGCCCUGGUGUCGUUGCUGGGUCAACCACAACACAUGCAUUACUUCCACACCCGGAAUACACACCAAUACAUCCAAGCAGCGACGUCUUUCAUCCAACUUCAACCAGCCGAUAACGGACAACUCGGAACGAACAGCAAUCCACCACCGCAAGCGGCUCGACCGAGUUUGGGUCAUCAGGAUGGACAACCUCAUCUGCCGUGCUUUCGACUACCUGGACUCCCAUGACCCGUCCAAAGUCAGAAAAGGGCUGAGGCAGAUCGAGCUCCUCAUGGCCAAGAUCUGCCUGAAGAACGGCGAGCCUUCGGAGCCCCCGUACCACACAUUGGAGGAGCUGGGAUCCGACGUGUGCUUCAUGGAAUAUGCGCGCCUGCAGGGGAGGUUCGAGUACAACAUCGCAUCACGACUGAUCGCCCUUCUCGAGAAGCUGCUCGGGUCAGGAAACGAAGAGAACGACCUGACUAUCAUCGCCACGCUGGACCUGCUCCACGGCAGUCUGCUGCUGCACCGGGAAAGCCGCGCCUUGUUCAGGAGGAAACCCACCAUGGAGCUCCUCCUCGACCUGCUCGAGCCCUGCAACUGCCCGGCGAUCCAGCAGGCGGCGCUCCUCACCCUCGUGGCGGCGCUCCUCGACGCGCCCGACAACCUGAGGACACUGGAGUCAGUCGACGGGCUGCUGGCCAUCACGAGCCUGUUCAAGGCGCGCUCGACGAGCCGCCAGCUGAAGUUGAAGCUUAUGGAGUUCCUCUACUUCUACCUCAUGCCCGAGACGGCCUCGAUCCCGCGCGCCGAGCAGCGCGACUCGGUCCCCGGUAUCCUGCAGCGCAGCCCCAGCAAGCUAGCAAAGGCCUUUGGCGGCGCAGAGGCCGACAUGGCCGGCGGCCGGCGCAGCCGCUCUGAUAGCACCAGCGCGGCCGUGCUCUCCACCGAGGAGAAGCAGGCGCUGCUGUCGCGGUAUCUCAGCAACGUCGAGGACCUGGUCCGCGACCUGAGGGGCUGCACGCCGUUUGGGGUCGUCUGCUAGCCGAAGCCUCUCGGUUGUCGCCACCGGGCAUCGGGAUCACCGACGACGGCUGCAUCUUUAUCAUUGAUCACGCACCUCCUCCCCCAGUUUCUGUUAUUUUGUGCUGCCUAAUCUGGUCGUAUACUUUGAGGGAUUCGUACCAUACGGGUAAUAUUUGGCGUUUGGACUGGUAAAUCUUUACUUUUCUGGCUCGGUUCUCUGGGUGCGGAAAGAAAAGUCUGAUGUUUUGUCCUCGACGGGUUUGUUUUCGGCGUGCGAUUGGGUUUUGGUCCACGUGGACAUGUGCAUGGAUGGAUCGGCGUUAUACUGUUAAUAUUGCCCUCAGCUUUAGAUAGAUACCAGAGAAUAAUCAUUGCCACAGAAGAAAGCAGAGCUUGUUCCG